UCCUUGCUGUGAUCAUAAAUUAGCCCCACAGUAAUGUCAGUGCAGGUAGGCUAAGUGGCUAGCUUGUGAUCGUGCUAUAUGCCAUAACGUUAUGACGACGCUGCGACGGUGGUCCAAGUGGUUACGUUCCAUGAAUGUGGUCGCCAGGUUACGUGCUCUAACGUUGGGCUCGUACAUGUUAGCUGGACAGGACCCGCGCUGUUACCGCCCACUUUAGGUAUUGCUCUUUUUUUUUGCGUAUGGGACAGCUCCAUUCAUAGGGCUGGGCUGGCUGGCAGGCGAAGCGCAGGAGCGGCCAAACACCAUCCGCGACGUAUUGUGGAGCCCAAAUGAUGGUAUCAGACUGAGAACAACCAGGCCAGUUUUAACCGCGCUGUCACCGUCAGCCGCUUCGACACCGGACUAUAGCCUCAGCUAACACCGAAAUCAUCCGCUCGGGAAUGGAAUUUGAGUGUCUCCACUGAAUACUGGAGGUUUCAUCCAAUCUCUCGACCUGCCGCGGAAAUAGACUGACUUCCUAGUCGCCCGGCUCACCGCUGCCGCAGACCGACUCUCGCUCGCCUCAUUUAACCCGGACCGUGAGCGGGACUGGCUGGCUCUGGCAUCUGGACACAUCGGAACUGGUCUGUCGUCGGUGUAGAUAACACGAAACGUGCCUGUGUGUGCUUUUGCUGCCUGUAUAAUGCCGACACAUUUGCGGUUCCGGAGAAGGUCAUUCCUUGGGCUUAUAUUCCUUUUUUCACUGUCCACCUCGGCAUUGUAUUUCAUCUACUCCGCCCCCGGAAUCGUGAAUGAGUAUGUGUUCAUGGUCCAAGCCAGAGGGAUCCAGAUCAGAGAGAACGUAAAGAACAUCGGAGCUCAGGUUCUGGAGCAAGUAGUGAGAGGGGCCUACAGCGUCAAUGGCACAGAUUAUUCCUAUGACCUCAACUUCAAUGAGAGCGACUCUCCGCCCACUACAUACCUCCCUGAGGGCUUCACCUACCUCCCUUCACAGGUUUGCCCCGAGAGGCUGCCCUCCAUGAAGGGCAGGUUGGAGGUGAAUAUGAGUGAGAUAUCUCUGGAGGAAGUGGAAAGGCUCUUGCUGAAAGGAGAGCCUAGCAUGUCCUCGGGAGGCUACUGGAAGCCCAGCGACUGUUUACCUCGCUGGAAGGUGGCAAUCCUAGUUCCAUUCCGGAACCGACAUGAGCAUUUGCCCAUCCUCCUGAGACACCUGGUGCCGGUGCUGCAGAAACAGAGACUCCAGUUUGCCUUUUAUGUCAUCGAGCAGGCGGGCACAGAGCCGUUUAACCGAGCCAUGCUGUUCAACGUGGGCUACAAAGAGGCUAUGAAGGACAUGGACUGGGACUGUCUGGUUUUCCAUGAUGUCGACCACCUCAUGGAGAACGACAGGAACUAUUAUGGCUGCACAGAAAUGCCCCGACACUUUGCGGUCAAACUCGACAAGUACUCCUAUAUGCUUCCGUAUAAUGAGUUCUUCGGUGGUGUCAGUGGCCUGACGGUGAAGCAGUUCAAAAAGAUUAAUGGAUUUCCUAAUGCAUUCUGGGGCUGGGGAGGAGAGGACGAUGACCUCUGGAACAGGGUGCGGUUUGCCAAUUACACAGUAAGUAGACCGCACGGAGAGCAGGGACGCUACAUGUCAAUUCCACAUCACCAUCGCGGAGAAGUGCAGUUCCUGGGAAGGUAUAGUCUACUACGCCACUCAAAGGAGAGACAGAAAGUGGAUGGUCUUAACAACCUUAACUACUCCCCCCUAGUGUCCAGGAGGCUCCUCUACACCAACAUCACAGUCGGCUUGAGCAGAAAACUUGCCCCCGUAGCUGACUACUGAUGUAGGCAGACCUGGACUGCAAAACACCUGGGAAUCAAAGUCCUCUGGGACAUCAGCCAUAUCUCACCAGUUGCAGCACUGCUUUGGAUUUUUUGGUUGACAGAUUUAUUGCUUUGUUUCUUUUGUUUGUAUGCAAAAAAAAAAAAGGAGACUCAAAUAAGUAUGUUUGAUAAAUCGUACAAGAAAAUAGGGAUAAUUGCUGCACUUGUUUGUGCCACAGUCCAUCACUCCUCUCAUCUGGGCUUAUCUAGACUUCAGUCUCCACAUGCCUUUUGCACCAUUUUGGCCUUCAGCAUCCAUUCAUUAAUUCAUUUUCUUAUUCUGUUAACAAUUAGCUUCACCCUGCACUAUUGUGCUUUAUUCAAAUAGGCUAUGAUACACGUGAACAUUGGAGUGCACGCACACACCACACAUGCACGCACAGUAGAGUCUGACUUACAUGUGCUGACAUGGUCCUGAGGCUUUGAUUUUUACUUUUCUCUUGCACUUCUUAUCUCAUAAAUGCAGUAAACCUGUGAAAACAUUUGCAUGCACACACAGACACACACACACCAACACACAGCAACUUAAAGUGGACUCUUGCAGCUGGUUCUGCACAAGGUAUGCCAAAUCUACAAGUGAAGAGAGCAAGAGAAGAUGAUAUAAAGAGUGAGUGUUUUCAGUCAUAAAUAUUGUAUUUGAAAUAGUUUAUUCUAAGUUCAGAGAAUAUUAAUUCCUCAAUCAUCUCUUACUGACUAUAUUUUGUCCUUUGAAUAUACCAUUUAAAGACUGUGAUGUUUGUGUUUGCAUAGUUGCAUUGAAUGUUCUGGCUGCCUGCAAGUGGCUGUAUGUAGGAGUGCAAUGCUCAUCCUGUUAGCAAUAAGCUGUAAUGUCAGACAGCAGAACUUAGCCCUGACUUCCUCACUAUACAGAUGCAAUAGCGCAGGUGCUAGCAUACCCUUAUUGGACUACAGAGAAGGAGUGACUGCGUAUGCAAACUUCACAUUCAACUCAACUUUGCCUAAGCAAACAUGCCACCCCUUUUCCCAACUCGUGUAUCCGCGUGCGUGUCUGUGUGUUAGUGAGGGAGAGCUAUGCAAAUGGCCUGUAUGUAUCUUGUCGUCAGUGCAAGGUUAUCGAGGCGACUUCCAGGAGACUUCGCCUGUAAAACGCUGGCAGACUGACCUUAGACCUCACUUUGAGUGCGGUGUGUAAAUCCAGGCCAGAGAGAGAUAAACAGUUGCCAUUUUAUUUUUAGAUCCCGCAUUUAUUAUUUUUAUUUACUCACCUUCAUCUUAACAGAAGAGAGCUGGAGGUAGAGAAUACUUGAUUGCUGUCACUGUCACUGGUGUUUACAGAAGCUUUUGCUUUGUUAUUUUUCAGAUUGUCUAGUGUUUGUAAUACUGUUAGCCAGCCCUCUUCUUUCCACCUCGGGUGCUGUGAAAAUUGUAUCUCUUCAACAACCAAUCUAUGGCUGCCUUUAUUUUUUUAACUGACACUUCUUUAUCUAGACUUGGAUAAGGAAAAGCAGAUCUGAAUGCUUAUCUAAGAACAUCAGGUGAUAACCACUGUUUAGCUUUGUUAACUUGUGGCCAGGCAUUGGCUUGUGAAUUUCUUUGCGUAAAUCAGACUCCGGGGUGUUGAUCUGAGUAGAGUUUGCGUUCAGUGGCAUGCAGCCUGACACAGACUGACAGCCCUCUGGCAAUACACAGCAGUGUAAUGCUCCUCUCUGAUUUGUGUGUUUGACAGUGUUGAUUUUGAGUAAAAUAUCCCAAUACUGUAAAUGUAGUUCCUUUUUAAAAUAUCAUACAGAGAUACUCUCCUCACUGUCUGUCCUCUAGUCAUGCAGCUACUUCAUUUCACACAAAUCGCCUUGUAUGCGUCUCUUAAGAUGUAUCUUUUGGGGGAAAAUGUGGCUGGGUGACAAACUGUUGUUUUCCCACGAUAAAAUAGGAAGUACAGAGGCUGGACCUCGUUUUAUUUAUUUGAUGGAUUUUUUUCCUUAACUCUUCCGUUUUUAUUUUUCUUGCGGUUGACGUAAUGAUCUAGUAGGUGACAUACGGCAGACUGUGUUAGAUGCACUGAAACGUAGUUACAUGUAUUUGUGUGCGAUUGUGAGCUUCAGGUCUACGCAAAUGAGGCGGUUUCAUUUCAGUCAGAGUUUCUCUUCAGAAAUGACUAGCUGGUUCUGAUGAAAUGGAACGGGACUUGUAUGCCUGACGUUGUUAAUCUUGUAAACAGAUGUGCUGGAGGAAGCCAUUUUGUGUGACAACCACAGGAAGAGCAAGACACAGAAUCAGAAAAUGCUAGUGGUCACUGUAUUUCACUGAUAACCUCCAUUAUACUAAUUGAUAAUCAAUGGUGCUGACCUUCCAGAGCUCCCAUUGAGGGACUCUCACUACGUGCUUACUGGAACCAAUCCUAACAUCCUAGAGGCUGGUAUCGACAAGCGAAAAGCAUCCUUCAGUUUUUUUUAUGGCUCUUUUAUGUAGUUCCAUCUUGCAUCUAGGUGGAGUAGAUAUUCAGUGUGUUUACAUUCAUACGUGUGUAAGCCGGCUGCCUUUUCGUCCUGCCGGGUUAAGCUAAUCCGUUCUGGUUCAUUGCCACAGCAGAAGCACGUGUUUACCUCCCAAGCCAAUCACUCAGGAGGUGCCCAGUGAAAUUCAUGGACGGCAGCAGCAUUUGUGUUAUGUUUUCUUUUCCGCGUGUGUUUGAGUGAAAUGGCUAAACCUUUCUGAGGGUUUAACUGUCCUCCAUCUAGAUUUUGAAAGUUUUCAUUUCAUUUUUCAGCACUGAUAAGAAUAUGAUUUGUAGUGACCUGGUUGUGAACAACUUGCAGGUUCUCUUUCUAGUUCUUGACACUUAAAUGAUACACUGUAUAUUCUCCUUUUUUAAGUACUUCAUUGCUUUAAAUUAAAAGAUAGACAGACUUAUAGCAAAAGCUAAAUGGUUUUAGUGUGAGUGUUCAGGUGAAGAUUUGGACCGUGAGGGACCCUUUCAAUGGAAAGGCCCUCUGGAUGAUUUAUAUACUCUUAGAGUCGGUAUUAGGCUCGAUACUCCACAAUGUAGAACGAGCAGUUUCAUCAGUCAACAUCAUAUUUACAAAGAUAUUCUUUUCGUGACUACGAGACAGCUUCGUCCACAAGAUGACUCAGUACCAAGGUCAAAGUCGGUCAGCACUCUCUUUUGCUUUUAUCUAAAAUGGGAAAUAGAUUGAGCUCAGUUGGGGAUAAGAGCAUGCUGGAUAGUCUUGUUCCUGUUUAUAUAUAAUGUACAUGGUCUCUGUCCAGACAAAGACCAAGACUGCUGCUCACUUAAGAGGCUUCAUUGUACCAUAAUCUCACCUGUUCUGAUUCAUUCUAUGCCAGUUUAAAUGAAGAGACCAUUCUUUGGCCAUCUGACAAGACUGGCAGCCUUAACGCUUCUUAAUUUAUUGCAGUGUUUCUUUUUUUUUUCACUCAAGUUUUUAUUUUUUUUAUAAGCAAAAAAUAUUUAAAUUGAAAAAAGUGCAUAUCAAGGUAAUGAUCAUUGUAAAUAUUGUUGUGUGUAGUGUUUUAGAAAUUCUAUAAGGUCUUAAAUCACUACAGAUGCUACCAUUAAGAACAAGGCUUCGGUGGGGGG